CCCGUCCAUCCCCGGAAUUGGGUGCCAUCCCGGGCCUCCGCACGAGGACAGAAGCUCUUGGGCUGCGGACGAAGAUGGAGGGGCUUAGAGGGGCCCCCCGUUUUCUGAGCUUCCCCAAGCCGGUCCAGGUGGAAGAAGGGGGCGACGCCAUCCUGCAGUGCCGCCUGGCGGGGUCCCCACCCCCCACCGUUACGUGGGAGAAGGACGGGAGGCCGCUGGAGGCCUCGGAGCGGCUGAGGCCCCGGGCCGCGGGGGCCCAGUGCGGCCUGCUGCUGCGGGGGGCCGGACCCGGAGACGCCGGCCUCUACGUCUGCAGGGCCCGCAACCCCACUGGAGAGGCCUACGCCGCCGCCACCCUCUCGGUCAAGGACUCUGGGGUCAAGGGCCCUGGCCCUUCCCAGAGCCCCUCGCUCACAGCUCCCGGUCCUUCCCAGAGCCCCUCGCUCACAGCUCCCGGUCCUUCCCAGAGCCCCUCGCUCACAGCUUCUGCUCCCUCCCAGGAUGCCUCGUUCCCAACCUCUGGUCUCCCCUGGGCCCCCUCACUCACAGCCCCCGGUCCCUCUCAUGAUCCCUUGCUCCCAGCCCCCUGCCUCCCCCAGGACCCCUCCCUCCGGGCCCCCAGUCCCUCCCAGGACCCCUCACUCAUGACCCCUAAGCCCUGCCAGGGACCCUCGGAUACAUCGGGGCUGGAUAGGGUGGAAGCCCUGCCCCGUCCCCUUCCUCUCACGCAGAGGCCCUCCGCCCAGCCCCUUGACACCCCCCCUCCCCCAGCCCUGAGCCCCCCCAUCUUCCUCCAGACCCCCCGUUCCCAGAGCGUGAUGCGAGGCGCGGAAGUGCUCCUAUCCUGUCAGGUGCAGGGGCGGCCGGGAGUCCAGCUCCAGUGGGAGAAGGAUGGGCAGCCCCUGGGCCACGUGUGGGAGAGCGGCCACUUCACGCUGACCCCGCAGCCGGACGGCUCCCACUCCCUGAAGAUCCGGGGGGCCCGGAUCCCCGACGCCGGGGUCUACGUCUGCCGGGCCCGGGACACCGGGGGGGAAGCUCUGGCCGCGGCCUUGCUCCAGGUGGAGACCCCCGAGGAGGAGGAGGAGGAGGCCUCCCUCCUGCCUCUUCCCAGGCGAGGUCGGAAAUCCGGAGGGGCCCAGACGGGGGGUCGCCAGGAGCCCAAGAGUUUCUGGGUGAGCGAGGGGAAACACGCCAAAUUCCGCUGCUACGUGACGGGGAAGCCGGCCCCCGAGGCCGUGUGGCACCGGGACGGCCGGGCCUUGGCCCCGGGACGUCGCCAUCUUCUCUACCGGGCCCGGGACGGGGCCUUCAUCCUCAAAGUCCUGUACUGCCAGCCGGAUGACCGGGGCCUCUACGUCUGCUCUGCCCGCAAUGACGCCGGGAGUACCCUCAGCGCCGUCCAGUUGAACAUCAAAGAGCCCCGAGUGCGAUUCGCGGUGCCGUUGGAAGACGUGGAAGGGGACGAGCUCGGGAGCGCCGUGCUGGAGUGUGAGGUGCCCGCCCCGGGAGAGCCCACGGCCUGGUUCCGGGAAGAACGGAGGCUGCAGCCCAGUGCCAAGUACGAGCUGGGCGAGGCGGGCCCGGUGAGGCGCUUGGCCAUCCACGACCUGCAGCCCGACGACGACGGCGUCUACCUGUGUGAGAUGCGGGGCCGCGUCCGCACCGUGGCCGUCCUGACCGUCAGGGGCCCAAUCUUGCAGCGACUGCCCCGGAAGCUGGAAGCGUUGGAGGGGGAGAAUGUCGUAUUGUCGGUGAAGACGCGGGAGGCCGAGGCUGGAGGGCUCUGGAGCCGGGAUGGGCAGCAGUUGCCCGCCUCCCCCCGCGUCCUGCAGACCCGCUUCGGUCGCACCCACUCCCUGGUGCUGGUUGGGGUCACCGGUCGAGAUGCGGGCACCGUCACCUUCAGCCUGGGCGCGUCCCACACCUCUGCCCAGCUCAGGGUCACGUUGCCCACGGUGCGGGUAAACCGAGGCCUGGAGGACGUGCUGGUGGCCCCUGGCCAAGAUGCCACCUUCUCCCUGACGCUCUCGGCCUCGGUCUCGGGCGCCUGGUUCGUCGACGGGGCGAAGGUGGAGACGGACGGGGUGGACGCUCCUCGGGGGGCUCGGGCCCAGGACCGGGGGUCCCAGCCCAGCCUCACCCUCCGCGCCGUCCGGCCUCGGGACGAUGGGACGCGGGUGGAGUUCGUCUGCCCAGGGGUGCGCCAGUCUGCCACCCUCCACUUGCAAGAGCCCCCCGUGAGGGUGGUCCGGCCCCUGGACGAGGUGCGGGUGGAGGCCCGGAGCUCGGAGCGGGUGGUCCUGACGUGCGAGCUGAACCGGCCGGGGGUCUCCGUGCGCUGGUACCACGAUGGGCUGGAGGUGGAGGAGAGCGAGAGCCUGCAGCUGGAGAGCCAGGGACCCCGCCACCGCCUGCUGCUGCCCGCCGUCCGGCCCAAGGACGCGGGGGACUUCGUGUGCGACGCGGGAGACAACUCCGCCACCUUCUCCGUCGUCAUCUCAGAGCCCCCCAUGAGGGUGGUCCGGCCCCUGGACGAGGUGCGGGUGGAGGCCCGGAGCUCGGAGCGGGUGGUCCUGACGUGCGAGCUGAACCGGCCGGGGGUCUCCGUGCGCUGGUACCACGAUGGGCUGGAGGUGGAGGAGAGCGAGAGCCUGCAGCUGGAGAGCCAGGGACCCCGCCACCGCCUGCUGCUGCCCGCCGUCCGGCCCCGGGACGCGGGGGAGUUCGUGUGCGACGCGGGAGACGACUCGGCCUUCUUCUCCGUCGUCGUCUCAGAGCCCCCCGUGAGGGUGGUCCAGCCCCUGGAGGAGGUGAGGGUGGAGGCCCGGAGCUCGGAGCGGGUGGUCCUGACGUGUGAGCUGAACCGGCCGGGGGUCUCCGUGCGCUGGUACCACGAUGGGCUGGAGGUGGAGGAGAGCGAGAGCCUGCAGCUGGAGAGCCAGGGACCCCGCCACCGCCUGCUGCUGCCCGCCGCCCGACCCCGGGACGCGGGGGACUUCGUGUGCAACGCGGGAGACGACUCGGCCUUCUUCUCCGUCGUCAUCUCAGAGCCCCCCGUGAGGGUGGUCGAGCCCCGGGACGAGGUGACGGUGGAGGCCCAGAGCUCAGAGCAGGUGAGGGGGCUGGAGGUGGAGGACAGUGGGACCCUACAGCUGGAGAGCCAGGGACCCUGCCACCGCCCGCUGCUGCCCGCCGCCCAGCCCCAGGAUGCGAGGGACUUCGUGUGUGACACGGAAGACGACUCCGCCACCUUCUCUGUCGUCAUCUCAGAGGCUCCAGUGACUCUAGCCGGAGGCCACCGGGACCUGCAGGGGACGGAGGGAGACCCGGCCACCUUCAACGGCGACUCGUCCCGGGCCCAGGCUGAGGUCACCUUGGACAAGGACUGGGACAGCAGCCCCUCUGCGGCGGUGGGGGCAGACAGCAGUGCCGUGGUCGACGUCGGAGGCCGGAGGGCCCAGAUCACCAUCCAGGACGACGUUGGGCGCCCCGCCGUGUGGGGGCUGCGGCCCGUCUGGGCCCGGGAAGGGGACACCGCCACCUUCCAGUGCUCCGUCACCGGGAACCGCAUCGGGAACCGGAACGGGAUCGGGAACGGGAAGGAGGCCGAAGAGGAGGAGGAGGGGCAGGAGGACGAGGAAGAUGAGGCCCACCGCGCCCAGCCCUGCUGGCGGCAGCAAGGCCGCCUCCUGCGGCCCGGACCCACAGUGCGCAUGCGCCGAGAAGGGAACAGGCACUUUCUGAUCCUGAGCGAGCUGUGCGUGGAGGAUGCCGGGGAAAUCAGCUUCCAGGCUGGGGAUGCGGUGUCCGUGACGCAGCUGGAGGUCGAGGCAUCGCCCGUCCUCCUGGUGCGACGGCCUCCGCGGGAGAAGACGGUGCUGGCCGGACGGCGGGCCGGGCGGGACAUCGCCCGGACGGUCCUGCUGGUGGAGGGAGGGAGCUAAAAUCCACCGAGCCCGGCCGGGCCCACGCGGGGCUGAAGGAGGCCGGACGGAGGGAGGAGAGCCCAUCUGGCCUUCCAGGCGCUUCGUCCAGUGCUCCGCACACAGUAAGCGCUCAGUAAAUACGAACGAAUGACUGAAGAGAGCCGUGUGGGAAAGGAGGCGGUGGGGAAUAAACGGCUCGGGGACCUCCCCCACUUUUUCCACGCUCGCUGUCUGCAGGGGUGGGAG